AUGGUGUCAAUUCCCCCACUUUGUUGUUUUACUUCUGAAGAGAGUCAUUAUUCAAUAAAAAGUGCUGCAGCAGUUUUAGGUAUUGGGGCAGACAAUUGUUUUAAUAUUCCAACGGAUGCCUCAGGCAGAAUGCUUCCUAGGGCAUUGGAAGAACAAAUAAUUAAAAGUAAAGAAGAGGGUCUCUAUCCUUUCUUUGUUUGUGCAACAGCAGGAACAACAGUUUAUGGUGCUUGGGAUCCAAUAGAAGAGAUUUCUGAAAUUUGUGAAAGACACAAUCUUUGGUUACAUGUUGAUGCAGCUUGGGGUGGUGGAAUUUUGUUAAGUCCAGAAUAUCGACACAAAUUGGCGGGAAUUGAACGUGCAAAGUCUGUUACUUGGAAUCCACACAAGUUAAUGGGGUCUUUACUUCAAUGUUCUGCUUGUUUUGUAAGACAAGAGGGUUUACUCUUCCAAGUCAACCAAAUGUCUGCAGAUUACCUUUUCCAACAAGACAAACCUUAUGAUGUAAGUUAUGAUACGGGAGAUAAAGCAAUUCAAUGUGGUCGACAUAAUGAUAUAUUUAAGCUUUGGUUAAUGUGGCGUUCAAAGGGAAUGGUGAGUAAAGAAUUAAUUAUAAAUACAUAUUUAAUUAAAAUAUUAAAUUUGGAUAUCUCAUUUUCUCUCUUAGAAAUACCUAAAUCAAAUAGCUUAGAGUGAAACGGGAGGGUGGAAUAUGUAGGAAAGGGGUGGUCGGCUUUUAAGUAGUUGUUUCCAAACACUGAUUUAAAGGUAAUCAGUCCAAAAAACUGACAAAUUAAAAAGGGGAAAUAUUGGAACUUUAAAUUUUUUGAAAAAAUUUGUUUUCUCUAGGAAGGCUAUCGUCGUCAAAUUAAUCGUCUUAUGGAUAUGGCCAAAUACUUUACUGAAAGAAUUAAGGCAACUGAAGGAUUCGAAAUGGUUGUGGAUGAACCAGAAUUUUUGAAUAUAUGUUUUUGGUAAGAUUUUAUUCAAAAAACCUUCUACUAAUUCUAUCUUAUCCCAUCUAGAAUUUACCAAUCUCUCAGUUAUCCCUUGGUGAGAUAAUUAGAAGAUUGGGAAAUGUGUGAGGGAUAGUUUAAAAUGGGGUAGCUCCCCGAGCCUUCGGGGUCGGAAGUGUUGGGGAUCGGGGUUUCCGGGAAGGGCAUGUCGGGGUUGACUUUUGGUUCGGGGGCGCGUGUCGGGGUAGAGCCUUCGGGCCGGGUCGGGAUUUUUGCCAAAAAAAUUGUCGGGUUACGAGACGGG